AAUGGUUAAUGGCCAAUGAGUAGGCAACAGAAUGGUGUUUCCGCUCGUCACUACAGUGAGUACAGUGCGAACACGGGUCUGUUGGCGGGAGCUGCGACUACUUUAAUAUUUUAUUGUGAUUGUUAUGGAUUGAAAAAAGAGCCGAUGGGAUCUGGCACAUCGGGGCUGGCGAGCGAGACGCCGGGCGGAGACCUGCGGCUCCCGGCAUCAGGGCUGCGGUUCAGCGUCAACCAGCUGCGAGCGCUCAACUCCUACGUAGACUCACUGUGGGAGGACGAUCAGAAUGGCAGGAUAUCAACAGAAACUGAGAGCGCGGUGGAGAGCCUGGUGCAGAGGAUCGUGGACGGCGCCGGUCAGAGAGACCCUCGGUUCAGGUGCUCGCAUCUCAUCGCCUUACAUAGAGGGAAAAAGUUGCGGUCCCGUUCCCUGGAGUACCUGGUGACCCUGGACUCGCUGCCGGCGCUGAACAGCAGCGAGAAGUGCCGGCUGCUCGACGGGCCCGUCGGCUACGGCAGGGUGCGGCUGACUGGCCGUGACGCUGAGAAAUGGGAGGAGUUCCUCACACCUUCAGGGUUUUUGUGUAGAGAUAAAGUUCUGGAAAGAUGGGUGGGUCUGAUAGCGAGGUGUGCGAAUGCUCGAGGAGGUGGUGCGUCACGUGUCCUCUGCGCACGCGCAUCUCAACACGCCUUGCCUUACCAGUACUGCUAUUUGGAGAGGGUAUCCCCAGCACAACAGAACACCGACCGUCGUCUGGCCAUAGUGGAAGGAGCUGCGUGGGUGAUGGUCAGGGUAGGGGCUGGCGAGGCAGAGGCCAAGCUGAUGCUGGGCGCCAGGGUCGAGGGAUGCAGUGGAGCUGCGUAUACGAGUAGAGUGCCACUGACGCAUCCAUUGGCCUUGAUGCAUUAUACUAGUGCUCAGGGGGGUUACUACGCUACAGCAGUAGGUCCUCCCACAUCCGUGGCGUGUCCUGACCGGUCCUCCACUUGGCAACUGUGGCACCCAGGGCUGGAGGCGUCCUUGGACGCGCACUGCUCCGACCUCUCCACUGUAGCGAGGGUCGCUGGAGCCAUCAACGCGUUGAUUGAUAAGAUGCGGGAGGGUAGUUAUCAGGGCACUCUUCGAGUCCUGAGUAGGUACCUCGCUAGUUGUGCGGUUCGUCGCCGACUGGACCGCUGCGCUGUGUACGGCAACUCUGCUGCGAGGAGUUGUGUAUCAUCACACGCUUCACACCAUCUUCUUCUUGUUUUGGAUUCACUUUUAUCGCUCUGCGAGCGUGGUGGUGUAGCCGGUUAUAUCUACCCCGUGGAGAGAGGUGCCUUGAUCCGUCGAGGGUCUAGAGACGCUGACUGGGAAUCUGACGCCAUUUGCGUCAAAAGCUGUCUACAGAUGAUGCACAGAGUAGCAGGUGAAGAUAUCCUUCCAACGCCUUCUGAGUGCCUGGAGACAGCGCUGUUCGGUAAAUGGGAAGGUCUCAACCGGGAACUGAAGGCGUCUGUGGGCUCCACCACCACGUACUCGCGAAGACAGCUGCGGUACAUGUGGCGGGUGAGCAGCGAGCUGGUCCGAUGCAAGAAUUUGAUUAUUUGUGAAUCCCAUAGCGCCUUUAAAGCAAAUCUGAUCCAAGUGACGUCAUCGCACAACGAGCCUGUGGAGAACUUGAUCCACGUGCUGGCGAUCAUGCUGGACCAGGCGAGGGACCUCUACCUCAACAACUUCCACGUGAGGAACUGCGCGGAGUUCGACCGGGAACUAUCAGUUUAUAGGUCUAAAAAGUGGAAUAAACUAAAAGACUACUAUGAUGCGUCGUCAGCUUGCCUUAUUGACGCAGUCAGACGAGACCCUGAUCUCCGCAACCAGGAUCUAAAAGACCACCACAUCUUCAUGAAGAGUAUCCUCAACUGGCUCCACAAAGGAGCUAAAGACGACAGGAAAUACCUAGGUCCAGUCUUGAAACCCUACUUGGAUGGUCUUUUCACUUCUUCGCUAGAAAACUCCUGGUUUUUGGAAGAAUUUGAUGAGACAGCAAAUGGGAGGGAGUUUGAUGGUCUUAAAGAGUAUUGUGUCGGGGUCCAUGAUGGGAAUCUGGAGCCUUGUCUGGGAUUGCUGGAUGCGGCGAAGAGGUUCGGGUGGGCAAAGGCCAUGGUCGACUUCGUGGAUAGAUUUCGGCAUGUUGAAUUCCGGCUAGUAUUCCCUACCGGUGACGGCUUGGCGAUCUCUUACCCUUUGCGGUUGCCGUCCCGCCGUGAGCACAGCACUGCGCGUACGCUGACGCUGAGCAGGCGGCACAAGGCGGAGGCCAAGCUGCGACUCGCGCGCCGCUGCGUGCUCGCCGCGUUCCACUGCGCGCUUACACCCAGCGUGCAGCGGCAAUCUAAAACCAUCAAACGUCACGAAAGCAGCGACGAGAUCCUGGCAAGUGUUAAAACCGGUAACUACUGGAGGAACUCCACUAAACCUGACAUCAUACCUUCCACCUCCACUCAGGAUAUUACCAAAGAAGACUUGCCUAGAGUCCGCCGAAGGUCCAGGCGGAGUAGACCAGCCACCUCGUAUGGGUUUCCGGAAAUUUCCAUCACUAGUCAGGGAGACGCGAAGACCUUGAGGAGGAAGUAUCAUACGUUGAAGAGUUUGGUGUACACAGAGCCGGUGCAGAGCAUUAAGGAGAUGAGGGAGCGGCCAAGGUCUGCGGGGUCUACUGUAAGGAACAAGGAGCCUUUAAGCAGACCCAGUAUUUUGGAGACCUUGGAUUUCAUUAACAGUGUCAAGGAUGCUCUUUGUGUAGAAGAAUCAGGUACGUCAGACACAGAAGAGUCUCCAUGGUCUGCAGUAGACGAGUGGCUGAUCGGGCACACCGCGCCGCUCAGUCUCCUCGCCUCCAGAUCUGCCGCGGAUUCCCUGCAUCUAGCGUUAGCUGAUGUAGUACCGGCGCUGUUACACCGAGGGAAGUUCACGAUACUUCAGGAGCUAUGUUCAUACCUGGGCGAGGCGAGUGAGGGCGCGCUGUUCGCGCUCCACCGACUCGCGCGGGCGGCGCGCUCCAGGAGCAGCGAGAGGGGCUCCAGCGCAUGGAAGCUACCAGAACCGGAGGCUGUUCCAGAAACCCCACAGAAGUAUAAAGCGAGGCCACCGGACUACGUGUCAGGGGACGAGGCGCCUCCGCCCCCACCGCCGCUGCCUCGGAGGUCCAGUCGAGGGAGACAAGUACCUCACUACGCCAACUACCAACCGCCAAAUCGUCUCCAAAUUCUCGACAAUGACUCCAACAUUAAUUCGACCCAACCCGUAACAUACACGGGUAUAAUCAACCCUAUAUAUGAUAUAGCAUCAAAAAUACCUAAAGACAAGUUUACAGUGAAAAGAUCUAAAAGUCUAGGUCGAAGUUUUAGCACUAAAAGCCUAGGUUUAGACUCUAAGUACAUAACUUUAGGGUAUAGAAAUAGUAAGAAGACAAAUGACGUUGUUACAGCUAUUGAGGGGACUACAGGUCAAACUGGAUUGGAUUCGAAAAGUAGUUUCUUUCAGAAAUAUAGUACAGCUGAUGUUGUAGGGGAUUCUUAUAGGUUAAGUAGGAUUACUAUUGAUUGAUUGGAAGAUUAAAAAGUUAUUUAUGUCCGGUGCAACACCUUUUAGUAAAAAAAAAAUAUGAGUGUUUUGCUCGAUAUUAGCUUUAAGAAUUCAGAAAUAGGAAAUUAACUCCAUAAAUUGAACUGAUUAAUGUCGUUAUAUUUCUUUUAAAAUUGGUCUAGAGAAGCAUUUUUGAAUUUUUAUAACCAAAUUAUGGUGGUUUUUAGAACCACAGACAACAACCAAUUAAAAAAUACACUAAAAUUAAUAAAAUAUAUUUGUCGCAUUUUUAUAAUUUAAACUGAGUAGAACCCAGUGGCGAAGAAUUAAAUUUUCACAAAAGGUACCCGAUAUUAUACUUACUAAUAUGCAUAAAUGAAGUUUGCAAAUCGAACUGAUGUUUAGAUUUCAUAGAAAAUGAAGCCGGCACGAAUCGGGUUAUAUGUAGAUAGUAUAUGUAUAUAUCGAUGGGUAAUAUGGAUCUUUCGCCACUGCUAGGAACAUUGUAAUACUUAAAGAGUUAUAAUGACCAAAGAUGUAAAUAUACAAUCACGUCACUUACCUUGCCAUUGUUGAAAAAUGAUCAAAUGUUUAUAUCAUGUUAAAUGUAAUUUUGGAAUAAAUAAAAACCUUAUAAUCGCA